GAGAUCAAUUGACGGCAGUUGACAGCCGGAAGCGUCCAUCUUGGAGCAGACAAAAUCAACUUCCUUUCUGUCCCAAGUUGGUGAAAUACGCAAGCAAAAGUCAUGCCGCUCGCCAAGGAUUUACUGCAUCCGCUGCCGGCGGAGGAGAAGCGCAAGCACAAGCUAAAGCGACUGGUUCAGCAUCCCAACUCCUACUUCAUGGACGUCAAGUGCCCCGGAUGCAUCAAGAUCUCCACGGUCUUCAGUCAUGCCCAGGGCGUUGUUGUGUGCGUCGGCUGCUCCACAAUCCUGUGCCAGCCCACGGGAGGCCGGGCGAAGCUCACAGAGGGCUGCUCCUUCAGACGAAAGCCCCACUAAGCGUCCGCAGGCUAGGAAACACCUUUCCGGAGAGCGCCCAGCAUUCGUGUAAUCGCGAAGACAACGUCAAAUAAAGGGCUUUAUUCUACGGAA